CGUGCUCAUUCCUAUAAAACGUGAUUCGUGGAUAUGCGAAUUUUCGGAUAAUUUGCCGGAAAAAAAUCGUCUUUUUACAAAGAUACGGCAGUCAAAUCUAGAUUAAAACAUGAAACCUAUCGUACUCCAUGGACAUGAGAGGUCCAUCACUCUCAUCAAAUACAAUCGCAUGGGGGAUCUUCUGUUCUCAUCUGGAAAAGACACCAAACCAAACGUCUGGUAUUCUCUGAAUGGUGAAAGACUCGGCACAUAUAAUGGUCAUGGUGGUGCUGUGUGGUGCUUUGACAUCAACUGGGAGUCGACAAAAUUCGCAUCCGGAGCAGCUGAUAACAGUUUGCGAUUAUGGGACUGUGAACUGGGAAAGACUAUUUCAAAAUUUGAAACAUCGACAGCAGUCAGGACGUGUAACUUUUCAUACUGUGGAAACAAAAUUGUGUUUACGACAGACAAGCAAAUGGGUCAUGACUGCCAUAUGAUAAUGCUUGAUAUCAGACAAGAUUUUAACACACCAGUGUUUAGCAUUCCAGUUCCUCAUUCCAAAGUCACAUCAUCUAUCUGGGGACCUCUAGAUGACAUGAUUAUCACAGGGCAUGACAAUGGAGAACUUAUCCAAUGGGACACAAAGUCAGGGGAAAAACUUUACAACAAUGUUCAGGAUCAUAGCAAGGCUAUAAAUGAUAUUCAGAUGUACAAAGAUGGUACUAUGUUUGUAACAGCAUCCAAAGACACUACUGCCAAGUUGUUUGACACUAAUACCCUUAAUCACUUGAAGACCUACAAGACUGAGAGACCAGUCAACUCAGCUGCAUUAUCGCCCAUCAAGAAUCAUGUUUGCAUAGGUGGUGGCCAAGAAGCCAUGGAGGUCACCACAACCUCCACAAGAAUAGGGAAGUUUGAUGCUCGGUUUUACCAUACUAUUUUCGAGGAAGAGAUUGGCAGAGUAAAAGGUCAUUUUGGGCCAAUCAACAGUCUUGCCUUUCAUCCAGAUGGUCGAAGCUACAGCAGUGGAGGUGAAGAUGGUUAUGUACGAAUACAUGUCUUUGACCCCUCAUAUUAUGAGUUAGAGUUUGAGAGUUAAGCUAAUAAACAUAAAUUCAAAACUAA